CGUGCGGCCGAUACUAUAUUGGAAUACUUCUGGCGCAAAUGCUCCUUCAGAAUCACCGUAAAAUCCAUUGCUGAUGAGCCAAUGCAGCAUUUCAUCGCUCUUGCUGAUCAACUAGAGACGAACAAACUAACGCCGGCCACAUGUGAUCUAAUAUCGAUGUUUCAGAACAUCUUGCGCGGAAAUCACGAGCCGUUGAGAAAUCUUGCGCUUGGCUUCUAUAAACAUAACAGGCCAGCAGCUCUCCUUUGCCUGGACCAUAUAUUCUCUCGAACCACAGAUAUUCGAACUUUCGCGGUCAAUGAAAUGCAACGGUUCCUUGAACAAUUUCACGCCUAUGCGCGACUGCUCUAUCUGAUUUUGACCUUCCCUGACCCCAUGGAGCAUAGGGGUAUUCAGAGACUAUUCUCCAUCGUGCGGUUGUCCCGUGAUGAGUUUCUCAUACCAGAUGGAACGUUCCUCCACAACAAUGUAAUGGAAACCCGCCAGGGCAUCACUUGGGUAUCGGAACAUUCGUCCGGGUACACAGCUUCUCGUAGAGUCGUCACCCAGCUGCUACAACAAUCCAUUCGAACGAUCUUGGAAGACAAAAUAUCGGAGAUCGAUGAUAUGUGCUGCAAAUCUCCUGUUUUCUCGCAAUGUCUGCAAUUCCUGAUAUCUGGAGUAUGUCGAAGAGAUAACUGUCCCCAAGAGCAUGUUGCAGUAUCGAAAUUGGAUCGCCAGUAUUACAACAACCGUGUUGCCAUCCACAUCUGGCAGAUCCUGAUCUUGCAAUUCAUGUAUUCCGCUCACCCAAAAAUUGACCGACGCAAAAGCAUGAGGCACUGGCUCAAGCAUCUUUAUGAGGCUAUCAAUCCACCCUUCUUCAUUCAAGGUUCUCCUGCGGAUCUUGACAUGAACCUGAUGCCUCUUCGUCUGGAUGGCAUGAAAGUGGUGAAGCUCUGGAUCCGCGAAUUCUUCUACUCGCUCGACCCAUCCCAUACCCAGGCUGAAUUUUUGACGGCAUUGAUGGGAAUGACCAGUCUUAGUUUUGCUUUUGACAGGGACGACGCACCUGUCUACAUCUCUCGAGCAAAGUGUACGAUCUCCGGACCAUUGGGACUCUUUCGCAAGGGGGACAAUCGUUAUAUGGUUCAUGACCUGCUCAAUUCUUACCAAGGAGCGACCCGCAGCAGCAUCUCAUCGGGGAUUCUGUAUAUUCUACAUGUCCUCGAUAAUCGUUUAUAUGUCAACCUCUCGGUGUUGUGCGACUGUAUCGAGGACAUCUGCAGCGCUUUUGUAAUCAAGUUCCGAAUGGACCCAGACUUGAAUAAGUUUCCCCUUCAUAACGUUGUCCUUCCAUGUAACUGGCUGCUGUUUCCCCACAAAUUCACUGCGGAGAAAGACACCAAGCUGUUUUUGAUGGGAAAGCUUCUGGAUGAAAUAGCGAGACUGGUUGAAGCAUUGCGCAUAGAAACCAGUAUAGAUCCUAGAUUACAAUUAGACAGAUUUCCUUUGGCUGGACCAUACGAGAUUCACGCCCAUUCUUCGCAAUAUUUUCAUUUCCCGGAUGUAAUUGCUCAUAACUUCAGGAAUCGCUUCGUGAGAGACAAAGUGGACAAGAUCAUUCUUUCUCUGCACAACAACCCUCCUUCGAACUGGCGUCUAGCUAACUAUCGGAAACUCGUGGAUGUCGUGGUCAGGUACAUGACACCCUUGCCAGAACAGGCGCCACCCUCAGACGUUUACUUGCGAGCUCUCCUGGCUUUGGACGACAACAAAGGAGUGAGCAACCUGGUCCAUCUUGUCCACAAAACGAUGAACCAGCGUACACGAGUCUAUAUAGUCCGACGACUCAUAUACGAGAAGACCAUCGAGAUCCCCCAUCUCCUCUCAUCGUACGCAGUGAUCGCACAGUCUACCCCGAGAGUAGAGGCCCCUGCCUUCGUACCUGGCGUAGGACAUUGCAAGGACCGACUAGAGGUCAUGCAGCAUGAUGAGAAAGAGAUAACGGAACCGCAACCUCAAGAUUUCGAAGGAGAAGAAGAAGGGGAAGAGGAUGUCACGGCGAAUGCUGAUACCGAGACUCGUGAUGCGUGGGAGACUUGGGAUGUGGCGGCGACGUUGCUCGCACCUGAUCUUGACGAGUCGCUACGCACCAACGGACCAUCGGUGGAGGAGGAAGAGGCGGCUUGCAAAAUUCAGAAAGCAUACCGUCGUUACGUCAGACGCCGCUCGAGCCGUGCAGUUAACACCGAAAUUGAUGCGAUGUUCAUGACAUGCCUGAAAGAGACGCAGUCCUCUGAAUGGCGUUCAGGUUAUUAUACCUUCCUUUUCCUUGGACCAUUGCCUCACCUCCUGGUGUGCUUGGAACGAGGCAUUACUCUGACUCGCGCGGCCAUAGCGAAGACGAAAGGCCACCUUCUCAACAAGGAGUCUCAUGAAAAGCUUGAGGAGUUGGGCAAACAGAGAAGCGGGAUAGCGUCCGUCCUCCCUUACUCAGCGACAUACAAUAACUAAAGCGCUGCUCAGGAAGGGAUUGAGAUUACGCAGACA